AUGAAGCUCUUCGCUGGCCUUCUCUUGGCCUCACUGGCGGCUGCCCAGAUUCCCACUGUCUUCAGCGAGCACAACAAUCCCUGUAGCGGCCGCAUCAUCAGUGCCGUUGUCGAUCUAAGUCCUUCGUGCAGCUGGACCGACCCCCACCGCCUCCGGGUUGACGCAGCCCAGGCGCUGUUCGAUUACUUCCCCCUCAUACCUUAUCCCGAGGUUAUUAUAAACGACCCUUACCGGCAGAACGUUUUGACAGUCUUCUCCAUCCACGAUGAGGGUCACGAAAACGGACAGCAGGGUGGUGCCGAGGAGAUCAAGGCCGUCACAGGGCCCCUGAAAGAGGAGGGUGCCUGGGCAUGGAUUAGCGGCACCAAUAUCGCCAGCGGCAUCGAAAUCGCCAUGGACAGGCAGCGCAUCAUCCCAGUCACCGAUCACCAAUACGACACCGGCCGCGACCGCACGGCGAUCGUCGUCUUCACGGACGGCCUUGACACGACGCACAACAAGCGUCGUCUUAUGGACGCGCUUCAUACUGCCCAAGGCAGGGGCAUCCGUGUGCACUGGGCAACAAUGGCAGUGCCAGGUGUCGACAAGGAAACUUUCGCAAAGGACCACUACCUAUUCGACGGAGAUGGCGUUCAGUUUUUCGACGAGGAGACCAAAAAGAUUGUCACUGCCACUGGUGGCGUUUACGGCACCAUCACCGAUCAGGCGUCGAUGCAUGCGUUCGUGAAGAAAGUCAUUGACAAGGGCGCUACCAACUUUGACGACGUCUGUAAACACGGAGGAGGACCCAUCGAUAACAACGUCACUGUCAACGGUCUUUGUUCCUCCAACUCGCGGGCCAUGUAUACUUAUACUGCCGCGAACGACAAGGAGACUAUCGAGUUCACCGUCGAUCUAGUCUCCAAGAAGAACCCGGUUACCCUAUCUGUCACGUACGAAAACACCAAUACUGGCGAGCGCACCGAAGUUAAGGUGGACAGGGACCAGCCCACCGGCAAGCUUACUGGUACUGUUUUGAGAGGGCAAAAAGUCAACCUUAUCAUCUCACCAAACGGUGCUUCCAACGACGACUGUUCGUACUCCCCCAUCUUCUUCGUCGACAACCCAUUCAGCAUCAGCGAGUGCUUCAUCUUCCGCACACUCGUCGUCCGCGACUUGGUCGUCUUCCUUGACCUCCUCGAUCUCGUCCACAUCUCACUCAGCCUCGGCCUCGGCGAUGUCUUCCAGUUCGUCAACGCUGCCGUCAACUUCAUGCUCGUCUUCUGCGACCCCCUCAAGCUCCUCCACGUCUCACUCGACGUCUGCGAUUCCCUCCAGCUCGUCCACCUCUGCGACUCCCUCCAGCUCAUCCACCUCUGCGAUUCCCUCCAGCUCAUCCACCUCUGCGACUCCCUCCAGCUCGUCCACCUCUGCGACUCCCUCCAGCUCGUCCACGUCUCAAUCGACGUCUGUAACCCCCUCUAG